GAUCAUUGUCGACGGGAUCCAUAGUCUAAAUGUGUGAACGUGCAUGGGCGUCACAUUCUUUGAUCUCAAACCAUUUAUACAGAGGGUAGUAGGCAUAAUAUCGGAAAGUCACUAUUUUUUCAUAUAUUGCCCAACUUAGUAGGAGUAAUUGGGGUUUUGACAACUGGCGAGAGAAGUGUUGCCUUCCAAAAAAAUGUCUACAGCUAAAGAGCCUGUCAAGGGAUGGGACGGGAAGCCGUCAUUCCUCCUCGCCGAAGCUCCGGCGCAUGUUGCCAAAAAUUGCUACGAGUAUGACAACACCGUCGUGAGCUUUUUCUUCACUAAAAAGUGCAUUGGGCAGACCAAGACUUUCAAGCUACGCUCAGAUGACUUAUUCAUCAUCACUUAUCCUAAGACAGGAACAACAUGGGCUCAGCAGAUCAUGAUGCUUGUUCAGGUUGAAGCCGACCUGUCUUUCUUCGAGGGGAAACACAUCUCUAAAAUGGUUCCAUUCUUAGAAUAUCCUGAUGUUCCAGAUGCAGGGGUGUUCAAGACGGAGGAAGAAAUAAACGAGGCACCAACGUGCGCUGAAACUGCAGACGCUAUGCCAACCGAUACACGUCGGAUACUAAAAACACACGUGGUCCAAAGAUGGCUCCCUGGCGGACUCCAAGAUAAUCCCCAGGCGAAGGUUGUGUACGUGGCCAGAAACCCAAAGGACACGGCUGUCUCUUACUUUCGCUUCUGUGAACUAAUCAAAGAGCUACCAAACUACGUGUCGUGGGACGAGUUCUUCGAAGAGUUUCUCGCUGGAAGGGCUCCUUAUGGUUCUUAUUUCGAUCACAUCCUCCCCUGGUGGAAGCUUAGAGACCAUCCCAAUGUUCUCUUCCUCACCUAUGAAGAUAUGAAAAAGGACUCUAGGAAAGCGAUAGUUCAGAUCGCAGAGUUCAUGGGGAAAUCUUUACCAGACGACAUCAUCGACCGUAUCGUCGAAGCGUCAAGUUUCAAGUUCAUGAAGAGUAACAAGACAACAAACCCCGACGUUGCUUAUGAAGACGAAAUGGACACAUCAAACAAGAAGUCAUUCAUGCGUAAAGGUAUGGUCGGAGAUUGGAAGAACUACUUCACAGAGGAUCAAAAUCGUCGGAUUGAUCAACUCUAUCAAGAAAAAAUGGCCGGAUCAGGACUUGAAUUCAGAUUUGAAUAACCAUAAUCAGAACCACAGCUAUGUCUUUCAAGAAAUCAUAUAAUUUUUUUCUAUUUCUCAUUUUCGUUUAGCUAUAUUAUUCAGAAUUAAUUUCUUUUAAUUGUUAUUAUUCUUCGGAAAUUCCCCUGUAGGCUUAAUUGUCGGUAUAUUUUUCUGAUAUCAAAUACAUGUAUAAUAUUGUUUGGAAGAGUCUUCUAUAUCAAAGUUUGUACAAAGCCUAUCAUUUUCUUUUAUUUCUCAAUCUAAACUUACUCAUAUUGGCCUAAAUUGUUAUGGCCUUGAGUCCCACUUUCGUAUGUUUGUGUUUAAGACCCGUUAUGUUACUUUUUUAUUAAUUGUGAUGGGUCAUUUUCAUGGUAAUCAUCAUGUUGUUUUGAUAAAAAUCGCCAUCAGGGAUAUCUAGAAGAAACUCAUAGAAUUUUCUUAUUAUUUUGCUAAAUUUAUAUCGUAUUACCCUUGUAUAAAAUUUCUAUAGAGGGUACAUCUUAAAAGCUUUGCUUUUCAGUAUAGGCCCAUCCAUCUUUUUCUUUAAUUGGUACUUUCAAAACUGCAUAUAUUAUACAGUUUAUGUAUUUUUCUUUUCAUUGGAAAUGAUUUGUUACGAUUUGAUGAUUUGCUACUUUGAGGAUUUGUGGAAUAUGAAUAUAUGAAUAAACAAAUAAAUAAAAAUCAAAGGGAAUAGGAAAUCGAAAAACAAAGCUUUAGCCCCAUGAUUUAGCAGUUAUGUAAAUCGGAUUUCUAUACUGAAUUUAUAUGUAUUUUAUGCUAUGAUUUUACCGUUAAAUCACAUUUGAAUAUCCUUGUUCGUAUAUGAUGGCUGCGGGAUUUAAAAAAAGUAUACAAGAAGGAGGAAGCAAAAUAAUUUAUAUAGGGGUUAAAAACUUAUGUAUAGCUGAUUGAAAAACAAUCUAAAUGGCUUAUCCUAUCUAAGUUAAAUCUUGAUGCAGGAUGUACAACAGACCUUUAAACCAUGCUUUACCCUAACUAGCCGGGGUAGGGGCUUUCACCCCACCCCCCCCCCCCUCUCGAUGUUGCUUUGCACGAUAAGUCUUUUGUGAAUCACAAAAGUAUAUGGCUAUUCAAUUUCUUUUAAAAACGAUAAAAAAGAGAGAAGCACAGAGGAAAUUUUAUUUGCUAUCUUUAUUUUUUUUUACAAGAAAGCCCAAAGACCUUCUGGACUAAAAAAAAAUAGCAUGCAUGCUCUUGAUUUAUGGCAGAAAAGGUGGUUUCAUAAAUGAAUAUAUUGGUGACAGAUUGUUAAAACCUGAGAAAUGAGUUUGUAUUCUUUAUAGAAUUUGCAAGUACCAUACGUAUACUGAAAUAAUUUGAUCCUCAUUAAGCUAUGUUUAUGUACCUCAAUAUGAAUAUGAUGUAGUACUAUAAUCAUUGAAAAUAUAUUUAUAUAUAUCUUUCAGUUUCGAAACGGGAAUAUUAUAGUAGUGAUGUAAUUUAAAAAUUAUAUAUUUCAAAACCAGCUUUGCCAUAACUACGCUGAAAUGAGCGAUUGUGCAUCGCAUAAUAAAAAAAUACAUUUAUUUUCAUGUCAAUUCUGAAAAGGA